GCUGCCUGGAGACGUGUAACGGACGGUGGGCCGCAGCCAUGGCCGAGAGGAAACCUAACGGUGGCAGCGGCGGCGCCUCCACCUCCUCGUCGGGCACCAACUUGCUCUUCUCCUCCUCGGCCACGGAGUUCAGCUUCAGCGUGCCCUUCAUCCCAGUCACCCAAGCCGCCGCUUCGCCGGCCUCCCUACUCUUGCCCGGAGGUAAGGAUUCCACAGAUGUUGGUGAGGAGGACAGCUUCCUUGGUCAGACUAAUGUUCACACGUCUACCCCACAGACAUUUAGUUACUUCUCUCAGGUAUCAAGCAGCAGUGAUCCUUUUGGGAACAUUGGGCAGUCACCGUUAACAACUGCAACUGCAUCCGUUGGACAGUCCGCGUUCUCCAAGCCCCCGACUGCUCUCCCUUUUACAACCGGAUCCCAAGAUGUGUUGAAUGCAUUUUCACCAUCUGUUUCGAAGGCUCAAUAUGGUGCUCCACCCUCCUCACAGAUGGGAGUAAAUACUUACCUGCCUUCUCAGCCAAGCAAUCUUCCUCCUUCAAAUUUUGGGAGCCCACCCCAAGGAGCUCCCCAACCGGGAUACAAUCCAUAUCGCCACACCCCUGUCAGUAGCAGGGCUAAUCCUUACAUUGCACCACCACAGCUGCAGCAGUGCCAAACACCAGCCCAUCCCUCUCCUCCUCCACCCUCUGGACCCUCUGUUCAGAUGUACCAGACGCCUCCAGGAUCUUUGCCACUGAUUCCUCCUUCAGCACAGUCACCAACACAGCAGCAGGUACUUGCUAGACCUGCUAGUCCCUCUGUACAGGUACCAUCUCCUUUUCUACUUCAAAACCAGUAUGAACCUGUUCGGCCCCACUGGUUUUACUGCAAGGAGGUAGAAUAUAAACAACUAUGGAUGCCUUUUAGUAUGUUUGACUCUUUGAAUCUUGAAGAAAUCUAUAAUUCAGUCCAGCCAGACCCUGAGAGUGUGGUUCUCGGCACGGAUGGCAGGCGCUAUGAUGUUCACCUCUAUGACCGAGUGAGGAAAGCUGUGUACUGGGAAGAGGAUCCAGCAGAAGUGAGACGCUGUACUUGGUUUUACAAGGGGGACACAGAAAGCAGAUUUAUUCCCUAUACAGAGGAGUUCAGUGAAAAACUAGAGGCUGAAUAUAAAAAAGCUGUAACCACGAAUCAGUGGCACCGCAGAUUAGAGUUUCCAAGUGGAGAGACAAUUGUUAUGCACAAUCCAAAGGUUAUUGUUCAGUUCCAGCCUUCCUCAGUGCCAGAUGAAUGGGGGACCACACAAGAUGGACAGACAAGGCCCAGGGUUGUAAAGCGUGGAAUUGAUGAUAACCUUGAUGAAAUUCCUGAUGGGGAAAUGCCUCAGGUUGAUCAUUUGGUGUUCAUGGUACAUGGCAUUGGACCUGUGUGUGACUUACGCUUUAGGAGCAUUAUUGAAUGUGUGGAUGAUUUUAGGGUGGUUUCUCUCAAAUUGCUGCAGACACAUUUCAAGAAAUCUUUAGAUGAUGGGAAAGUAAGCAGAGUGGAGUUCCUUCCAGUUCAUUGGCAUAGUUCCUUGAGUGGGGAUGCCACUGGUGUUGACAGGAACAUCAAGAAAAUCACUUUACCAAGUAUUGGUCGGUUUCGUCACUUUACCAAUGAAACCUUGCUAGAUAUUUUAUUUUAUAAUAGCCCCACCUACUGUCAGGCAAUUGUGGAAAAAGUAGGAAUGGAGAUAAACCGUCUACAUGCACUUUUUAUGAGUCGGAACCCAGACUUCAAAGGAGGAGUCUCUGUUGCCGGUCACAGUUUAGGUUCUUUAAUAUUGUUUGACAUCCUGUCUAAUCAAAAAGAUUUAAAUUUAUCUAAGUCUCCUGGGCCUCUUGCUGUUGCUAAUGGAGUUAUGAAACAGCCACACUUUCAGGAAAGGCAGAUGCUCGAAGAGCCAAAGAUGACUUUGGAUGAGUCGUGUGACCUUGAUGUUGAAAAUGAAGAAGUCCUAACUUUGCAAGAAACUCUGGAUGUACUUAGCCUCUCUGAAUAUGUUAGCACUUUUGAAAAGGAAAAGAUUGAUAUGGAAUCUCUGUUUAUGUGUACAGUUGAUGACCUGAAGGAAAUGGGGAUACCCCUUGGACCCAGAAAGAAGAUAGCUAACUUUGUAAAACUUAAAGCAGCCAAACUGGAACACAAAAAAGCGGCAUCAGAAAAGAAGGCAGCGAUGGCCACAUCGACAAAAGGACAAGAGGAAAUUGCUCAGAAAACUAAAGAAAUGGCUUCUCUUUCCUCAGAAACUGAGUCAAAGAGGAAACUUCCAGUUGGUGCUUAUGUUUCUUCUGUGCGUGUUGAUUAUGAGUCUUUCGAAGUUGGCACAGGACAGGUUUCUGUUAUUUACAAUUCAUUAGACUUUGAACCAGAGAUUUUCUUUGCCUUGGGAUCUCCAAUUGGUAUGUUUCUUACUAUUCGAGGAGUGGAUAGGAUUGAUGAGAACUACAGGCUUCCUACCUGUAAAGGAUUUUUCAAUAUUUAUCAUCCGCUUGAUCCAGUGGCAUAUAGAUUAGAACCUAUGAUUGUUCCAGAAUUGGACCUCAAAGCAGUUCUCAUUCCACAUCACAAAGGCAGAAAAAGACUUCAUUUAGAGUUGAAAGAAAGUCUCUCUCGUAUGGGAUCUGAUUUGAAGCAAGGUUUUAUUAGCUCUCUGAAAAGUGCUUGGCAGACAUUAAAUGAGUUUGCCCGUGCUCAUACCUCUUCAACUCAAUUGCAAGAAGAACUGGAGAAGGUAGCCAAUCAAAUCAAAGAAGAAGAAGAAAAGCAAGUAGUUGAAGCAGAAAAGAUUGUUGAAAGUCCAGAUUUUUCCAAGGAUGAGGACUACUUAGGAAAGGUUGGAAUGUUAAAUGGAGGCCGCCGAAUUGACUACGUUCUUCAAGAAAAGCCAAUAGAGAGUUUUAAUGAAUAUCUUUUCGCUCUUCAGAGUCAUUUAUGCUAUUGGGAAUCUGAAGAUACUGCCCUCUUACUACUUAAAGAAAUUUAUCGAACAAUGAACAUUAGUCCAGAACAGCCACAGCAUUGAUCAGACUUCAGUUUUUCUGUACUUUAUUGUCUUCACAGAAAGUCCCAGUAUAAAUUACAUUGCUGAGAAAGCCCUCAGAGGACCUUCCCAGUUUGCUCCUGUGGUGGAUGACAGAAAAGCGAUUCAUCGACAGUUGCUCAGAUAUAAUUCUCUGAUGUAGGGAUUCAUUUAAGGAAAAUACACAGAACAAAAGGACAGUGAAAAAAUCAGUACCACAUUUGGAUAGUAUAGAUGAGAAAAUGUAAUUAUAAAAAUGAUGAAAUGAAAAAUUCCUCAGUUUAGUUGUAUAGUUGUCAAAGUUAUGUGUGAUAUCAAUGAAGAAAUAUUUGUAGCAUGCAAACGGUUAUUUCUGUUUCUUAAAAACUAUUGUCAGUGGGCUAUUAAACUUGCAUUUUUCUUUUUA